GAGCAGUGACAAAGCUAAGCCUCUGAUUGUCUGACUGUGUCAGUUUGUGUACACUGUCAAAUCUGAAGGAAUAACGAAGUAAACUACAGCUGGUGCAUGACUUUGGCAGGAUGUCUGCAAAGAACGGGAAUAUAAAGAUCGCGAACUACACUGACUGGAUGUCACAACUACCAUCUGAACUUUGGACAAUUCCUCUCUUCAAACUAGCCAUACCAGGAAGCCAUGACUCUGUGAGUUAUGAUUUGGAUGCCAGCUCUGCUAUUAUAGAGCCUGACAAUCUAAAACGAUUCAGCUGGAUUUAUUGCUUACGCAGAAUAGUACGAACAUGGGGAAUGACCCAGGAAUACAACAUCACAAUGCAACUGGAAGCAGGAGUUCGCUACUUUGACUUGAGGAUCGCUCGCAAACGUAAUGACCACCACCCCACUAGGCUUUACUUUUACCAUGGGCUGUACACAAGCACUGAUGUUGAGACUGUUCUCGGGGAAAUACAUGCCUGGACAGUGGCCCAUCCUAAAGAAGUCAUCAUCCUGGCUUUUUCAAACUUCAAUGGUUUUGAGAAAAACAUUAAAGAUAAACUUCACAACCAUCUUAUCGGCUUCAUUAAGACCAUGUUUGGAAGCAAACUCGUCCCCCCGGGCAUCCCCACACUGCGGAACUGCUGGGACCAAGGCAAAAAUGUCAUAGUUUCAUAUGACUAUCCAGCAAACUACCAUCCUGAAAUGUGGAAAAAAAUAACUUAUUACUACGCCAAUAGCAUGGACCGUGCACAAGUUAAAUCAAAAAUAUCUGAAGCCUUGGGAAAGGAAAAGACUUCCAAUUAUUUCUUUGUAUGUGGUUUGAACAUGACUCUUCCAGCAGAUCAUAGGAUACUCAUCUACAUCCUUCGUCUCUGCGACAGUUUCCCCAACGUUAUUAGGAGGGGUCUGCCUAAGCUCCUGAAAUGGCUGAAGCAGCAAUCAGGUGUGAACAUCGUUGCCUCAGACUUGGCAACUCGCAAGGACUUUGUGUCAACAGUUGUUGAGCUCAAUUCUGCACUAAUGAAACCAUAA